ACUAUAACAAGUCCAACGAGUCCCUCCAUUAUCGCAGACUUCCACUUCGGGUCGGCAUACACAUGGAUCGGCUCUGCCUACCUGCUCGCAAAUACGACCCGUAGUCCCGUCUGGGGCAAGCUCAGCGAUAUCUGGGGACGCAAGCCCAUUCUGCUCCGUGCGAUCGCCGUGUUCUUUCUCGGUUCCUUGCUCUGCGCUGCUGCCACAACCAUGCCCAUGUUCCUCAGUGGCCGUGCCAUCCAGGGCAGCGGAUCGGGCGGCGUGGUAAUCUUGGUUGAUAUUUGUAUCACGGAUAUGUUUGGCAUAAGGCGUAGGGGCAUGUAUCUCGGGCUGACGAGUGUGGUCUGGGCAUUGGCGAGUGGAAUUGGCCCAGUUUCAGGCGGGGUCUUCACGCAG